UGCCCAAAUUGCUUCCACCACGACACGAGGGACGAUGACGAGGCAUCGUCUUACUCACGAAGAACCACCAUCGAGUUCCAUUGAAGAAUUCAGACCUUUACUCCCCACUGAUCAUGAAGGUAACGACGACAUCGAAUUCGGAGGCACGCAAGCACGUCAAGAACUAGAAAGGAGGCUGUUGCACAAAGUAGACACGAGAAUGAGCAUCCUGAUUGUUAUUUACAUUCUGAACUAUAUCGACCGGAACAAUGCCUCCGCUGCAAGAUUACGUGGGUUUGAAGAAGACUUGGGGCUUCACGGAACACAAUUUGCCAGCAUUUUAUCAAUCCUCUAUGUUGGGUAUAUCAUCAUGCAAAUACCCUCUAACAUUUUUAUGAACGUUAUGGGAAAGCCGUCCGUAUACUUACCAACUUGUAUGACGUUGUGGGGUGUCCUCUCUGUAAGCACGGGUUUCACCACAAAUUUCUCUCAAGCCCUUUUAAGCCGGUUCUUUCUGGGUUUCGUUGAAGCUGCGUUCUUUCCUGGUGCUCUGUUCUUGCUAUCCAAGUGGUACAAGCGCAACGAAUUGUCCCAGCGUACGGCUAUGUUAUCGAUCGGCAGUCUGAUUUCGAACGCUACUGGAUCUCUGAUUGCAUCUGCAAUUCUAAGUAGUACUGAAGGUCUACUCGGCUACGCAGCUUGGAGAUGGCUUUUCUUUAUCGAGGGUGGUCUGACAGUUAUUAUGGCUGUUUUCGCUGUCUUCAUCCUUCCUGAUUUCCCGGAAACCUCUCCGUGGCUUGAUUCCGAUGAACGAGCACUUGCAAUCAAGCGCAUGACCGAAGACACUGGAACUCAUGACAAACGCGGCGAUCUAAUGUCGAGUUGGAGCGCUGGGUUUUCUCUAGCUGUUACGGACUGGAAGGUCUGGUGGCUUGCCAUGACUUUAACCUGUUUCGUUGUGUCAUUGUCCUUCAACGCAUACUUCCCAACGCUUAUUGAGUCAAUUGGUUAUGAUCCGGUUACCACCCUUUUAUUGUGUGUUCCCCCAUGGUUAUUCGCUGCGGUCGUCGCGGUCUUCCUCUCCAGACAUUCUGACCACACUGAAGAGCGUUGCUCACACAUCACCCUUGCUAUGAGUGUCGGGAUCAUUGGAUUUUUCCUUGCUAUGUCGAAAGACAUGACAGUACGGUAUACGUCGUUCUUCCUCAUGGCGCAGUCGUAUGCGGGUUUCAUUUGUUUCUUGGCCUGGGCGAGUGGGUCUGUUUCUCAACCGCCGGCUAAAGGUGCAGUUGCUAUUGCGCUAAUUAACACUGUGGCAUCCUCCGGCAACAUUCUUGGAGCGUAUGCCUGGCCUACCCAAUGGGGCCCCGACUAUGCAAUUUCGUGUGGUAUUUGUGCUGUUUUCACGUUAUUGGGGAUUGCGAUGUGCUGGUAUUUCCGAGGGCAACUAUCACUCCUGAAUGCAAAGGAAACGGAUGGACGGUAUAGAUUUAUGUUGUAAUCAGUCUAAUGUAAGCCACUUUAUCCCGUUCCGG